UCACUCUCUCUUUCUCUGUGUGUCUGGUGUGGGGAGGCGUGCCUUAAGGACACGUCGCUGCUUCCACGCUACGUUCAUUCCACGCUGCCACGCGCUUCUUGCUGCCUUCAACCGCCAUGCCAACACUCAGCUUCCCAUUCCCUCUUCCAAUCUGAGUUCGUGCCCUGUAGAGAAAGCUGUUGUUGCGAGUUGGAUUGCAUUCUUCGUUUUGCACUCCGUUGACGAUCAACGCCGGGAGGAAUUAGAGUUGGAGCUGACGUCGAAGGUAUUAAAUCUCAAUAUCAGCAGAAGGUUUGUGCAAGGACCAGGUGAACAUGGGUCGCGCGGUGGAUAUUCCUGAAGACAAGCUGAAUGCUCUUUCGGAGCUUUUGAAAACGGCAGGAGGAUGUGUGACGACUGAUGGAGGUUUUGCAACCCAGUUGGAACGUCAUGGUGCAGAUAUUAAUGACCCAUUGUGGAGUGCGAGUUGCCUAAUCACCAUUCCCGAACUCGUCCGAAAGGUGCAUAGGGAAUAUCUGGAAGCAGGAGCUGGAGUAAUUUCAACAGCUUCUUAUCAGGCUACGAUUCAGGGUUUCCAGAGUCGAGGCUUGUCAACGAACGAAGCGGAAGAUUUGCUUCAGAGGAGUGUCCGUAUUGCUCAAGAAGAGCGCGACAGAGUUUGGAAAGAAUCCCAAAACAGGGAGCAUGCACGGACUGCUCGAGCGGGUUCAAACCUGCGUGCCCUUGUUGCUGCUUCUAUUGGUAGUUAUGGAGCGUAUUUAGCUGAUGGUUCUGAGUACAGUGGAGACUACGGCCCAUCCAUGACAGUCGAUAAGUUAAAAGAUUUCCAUCGCCGCCGUCUGGUUGUGCUUGCAGAUGCAGGACCUGAUCUAUUGGCAAUAGAAACCAUUCCCUGCAAAUUGGAAACCCAGGCCCUUGUCGAGCUGUUACAUGAAGAGGACUUGCGGAUUCCAGCUUGGAUAUCUUUUAAUUCAAAAGAUGGCGUGAACGUCGUGAGCGGGGAUUCAUUUUCUGACUGUGUUGCCUUGGUAGACAAAUGCCCCGAAGUGGCAGCAGUGGGUAUCAACUGCACUCCCCCUCGCUUCAUCCUUGACCUCAUACAUGCAGCGCGGAAGGUGACAAACAAGCCCAUAGUGGUCUAUCCUAAUAGCGGAGAGCACUAUGAUCCUGUCAUAAAGCAGUGGGUGGAGUCUACAGGUAUCACAGACACAGAUUUUGUUUCAUAUGUGCAUGAGUGGCGUAAAGCAGGAGCUCAGCUGAUAGGGGGAUGCUGCCGGACCACUCCCAACACUAUAGGAGCCAUUUACAAAGCCUUGCAUGAACAUCCUCAUGUACACGUUACCAAUUAACCUGUAUGUUAGACAAAAGCAUCUUUUGCUGAUAUGCUGCCAUGAGUCAUGCAGGGGUUGCUGAAAUUUUGUUUUGAAGAUUUCACAGCUAGGUGACUGUGAUAUCUCGGUAUUAUUCUUCGAGCGAAGUAUAUCUUACACAUUGGCGAAUGUAAAAUUAUAUGAAUAUAGAUUACUGUGGAAUUAUUUCUCCGUG